UUGUUCUACUGCUAUAGUUCUUACUGUCAAUCCUUUCCAAUUUUAAAGGUUCUCUAUUGCAGCGAUGACUCGCUGGAUCUUCUAGACACCAUAGCAGAAACACAAAUAACGUUGAAUCUCUUCCUUAACAACAAAUUCGAUCUAGCAGAGGAAAGAAUGGUACAACUAGCUGACAGAAGCAUGUAUCAUGCGCUGGGUCACAACACCAUUGUCUUCAUCAAGGCCAUGAUGACAUGCGACAAGGUGAGAACGGCUUGGAACACAAAAAGAAUACAUCAUCAUAUUUCCUGA